AUGCUAGCUGGCACCAUGAUUGGAUCUGGUAUCUUCAUGUCUCCUCAGUGGGUCCUCUAUUACAUGGGCAGCCCUGGAGCCAGCCUGUUAAUAUGGGCAGCCUGUGGCAUUCUAUCGAUGUUAGGUGCCCUUUCCUAUGCUGAACUUGGUACUGUCAUUAAGGAGUCUGGAGGUGAAUACAUUUAUAUUUUACGGAAUGUUGGCAUCUUACCAGCCUUCCUUCUGGCAUAUACAUCAGUCUUUGUGGUAAGACCUGCCAGCAUAGCUGCUAUCUCAAUCGGUUUUUCAGAAUAUGUGGUGGCGGCUUUCUUCCAGGACUGCCCACUGCCUCAGGUAGUGGUGAAGUGCACAGCGGCUGCCUGUAUCCUCGUCCUGAGCGUCAUCAACUGCCUCAAUGUCAGGCUUGCUGCUUCUUUGAUGAACUUCUUCACAGCUGCCAAAUUGAUUGUCUUGCUGGUUAUAACUGUGGGUGGUAUGGUUCUCUUGGUCAAAGGAAACACUCAUGUGUUCCAGAAUGCCUUUGAAAACACAGCUGUAGGUUUUGGACCCAUUGGAGUGGCUUUUUAUCAAGGACUCUGGUCUUAUGAUGGAUGGAACAAUCUGAACCCUGUGAUAGAAGAACUGAAAAACCCAGAGGUGAAUCUCCCGCGAGCUGUGAUGAUCGCAGUUCCCCUAGUAACGUGCAUCUAUCUCCUGGUCAAUGUCAGCUAUUUCACAGUGAUGACUCCACAGGAAUUUCUAUCUUCAGAUGCCGUGGCCAUCAGCUGGGGCCUGAAGGUUCUCGGAAGUUGGACUUGGUUAAUAUCUCUAGGUGCGGCACUUUCUACUUUCGGCUCAGUAAAUGGAAUUUUCUUCACUGGAGGGCGCGUGUGCUAUGUGGCAGCUAGAGAGGGUCACUUGCCAAAUAUUCUCUCGAUGGUUCAUGUUAAACGGCUCACACCAUCCCCUGCCCUCAUCCUAACAUCUGCCAUCUCGUUAUCAAUGAUCAUUCCUUCCGAUUUCAGCACUCUUGUAAACUUCACCAGGUAG